GACUGCGAGGGCGAGGGCGGCGGGGUGGUUUUCCUGCCGAGUUACCUUGGGGAGAGGUCAGGCGAGGUCAGGCGCGCUGUGGCAGGAUGGGGGAGCCACGGAGGUGUUGGCUGCGGUGGCACAACUACAGUGAUUCAGUGACGUCGGCACUAGAGUCUCUCCGGUAUGACGAGGACUUCUUGGACGUAACAGUGGCAUGCGAGGGACGAACAAUACGAGCCCACAAAUUAGUGCUCUCUGCCUGUAGUGCUUACUUCAGAAAGGUGCUAAAGGACCAUCCAUGUGACCACCCCAUCAUUAUUUUGGAUGGUUUAGGAUGGAGAGAGGUUGUGGCCUUAUUACAUUUCAUGUAUUGUGGAGAAGUUGUAGUGGAGGAAGAAGAGUUACCAAACCUUUUGAGUGCUGCAUCCAACUUAAGUGUGACUGGAUUAACUCAUGUUACCAUGGCAUUAGCAAGUACACAGGCAACUGGUGAAGAAGACACAGAUGAAGACUAUGAAGAUGAUGAAGAGGAAGAAGAGGAAGAGGAGAAAGCAACAAAGUUACCAGAAAGCACCCAUGUAUCAAAGAAAGAAGAGGCAGAGAGUGAAAAAGAUUCCUCGUACGAGAGCGAUGCACCACCUGCUUCUAAGAGGCAACGCAGAGACUCCAGCAGUACUCAGGAGACAAGUUGCACUAACAAGGAGCCCUUAGAAGAAUCACAGACGAGUAGAAGAAAUUCAGUUUCUUCUAAAAAAGAGAACGCGAGUCCCCCCCCAGUAGUGACCAAUGGCUUGACUCCCACCACGCAAGCAGGCCUAGCAGCCAUACCUGUCCCCAGUAACCCUGCCUCUGAUGUCAGAGAAGAGAAAGAAGAGGACAAGGAAAGUACGAAAGUUGUCCCCAAAGAGAAAAAGACAGUCAGCAAAGACAAAACAAAAGGGAAGCUGAUGAAUGGAAACAACCAUAUCAAGGAGGAAAUGGAAGAAUACUUGGAGGAGGACUUUGAAGGAAGCAGACCUGAAAAUGGGGAUUCAGAUUACAUGAAGAAUUUGGCCGAUCCCGAAAAGUCAUCUGGCGGCUCAGUCACAGAUAGCAUAACAGAGAGUGCAGCGGCACCAGUAACGCCUCCUUUAAGUGGUGGUGUUAAUUAUACUGCUUUGAUAACCAGAGGAAUCUUGCCAUCUGUUACGAACAUGAAGACAGACACGAUCCUCAUCUCCCCGACACUAAGUGACAAAAUAGUGCAGAAGGUCCUCCUCCCCGCACAGCCAUCCACUGGAGCUUCCCCCUCAUGCACGUCACCCAGCUCAAGCACAACGUCUGUCACAACCCCAACCGCAACACUCAGCACAAACAGUCAGACAGACACCUCUCCAAGCCAGCCCUACAUUCAACCACCCUUGGUCUCUGUGCAGGAGGUCCAAGCUACACUAGAACAAUACCAGCGGAAGCUUGCCUUUCAUGAGCCAAGACCAUGCCCGACGUGUAAGAGGAUGUACCGAGAUGCUGCCACCUUACGGACACACAUGGCUAUCAUGCACGCUGAAGGCAGAGAACCUUUCUCAUGCACAUGUGGGGCAUUGUUUCGUACAAAAUAUGACAUGUACCAACACAAGAAGAAUGGUCAUCGAUAAGCUUGACAAGUGAACUUCAAGGCCAAAGAAUAAGCUGCGAUGUAGAGCAAGGAAAACCUGGAGACAGGCAGGUAGUUGUGUCACCAUUAUAACUGCUAUAUAUAUGGCAAACUGAUUAACCAUGCCAAAGAUAAGGAAUAUGGUAGUUACGUACCAAACAGGAAUUGUCUGGUGUAGAAAUACAUUUCAGAAAAUAAUUGGAAUUGAAUUGUAGAAAUGUAUAAUGCCUCCCUAAUGAUCUGGUAUUGGUAUGGAUUGAUAUUUUAUUCUUUGACAGAAGUUAUUACAAUGCCAGUUGUUUUUUAUUUGUAAAUUUAUUUUAUCAUUGUAAUUGAUACUUAUUAUUAUUAUUAUUAUUAUUAUUAAUAUUAUUAAUAUUAUUAGUGACAAAUUUCACUUCAAGAAGUGAUAAAGUUAACUACUGUUUGACUUCAAAGGCUUCUGGUAUUUUUAUCAUCUGAAACUCUUAUAAGAGUCAGAAGCAGUGGGUGAUGGCAUGUCUCUCUACCUGAUUAUCUUGGUGUUCCAGAUUCCUUUUGCUGUAAUGCUUGAGUCGCAUUUAGGCUAUGUCUUGACACAAGAUUAGAUCUCUUGCUCAAGUUACCCAAACCAAGUGUGCCCUCUGAUCUGCCACAUUGGCAGCAUCAGAUACUCCUUUAACCGUUGAACCAAGUAUUGCCUUUUGCAGUGUUGGUAGCUUUUGAAACUUCAUGUACUCCCACUCUUGUCUGUUGUGGCAGUUUGAAGUCAUCUGCUAGCGUUGGAUAGUAGUUAUGACAACUUUUUGUGACUAACUCUGGUGCUCUUGUCAUUUUCCCAGUGUGUAAGCUUUCUUAGCAGGACUUGUGCUCCUUAUCAUGUGGGGUGAUGAGUUUUUCCAAGUGUCUUAAGGUAUGUGUGAGUAUGAUGAAAAUGGAAUGUUUUGUUGCACAAAUAUGCUUGAUUGUCCUCAAGCUUAGAGGAAUACUUUGCUUUAAUGAAAUAUGAAGACAGAUGGUUGAUGUAAAUAUUUUUUUAUUGAUGUACUUGUAUUUAAGAAAACAAACCACUCUAGAAAGAAAGCAUUGAAAUGGUGGUAUUACCAUUUCUGCUUUUUGCAGAAUCUUUUCACACAGCCUUUUGAAGCAGGCAGUUGUAUCUGCAAGCCUUAGAAAGAGCUUUUAUACUAACCUAUUUAUGGUAUUUAUUUUUGUUUCAUUAUUUCUUGUUUACACUUUGAAAUUUGAAAUUGUUAAAUCAUUAACAAAGAUUUGGGUAAACCAUGAAAAUGAUCUCAGUCUAGAGAUGAGAAAGGCAAUCAUAAAAUAUGUCUUACAAGUAUUUUUGAUACUUGAGCAGAGUGUGUAUGUUUGAGGGUUAUUGUGAUUUAGUGAAACAAAAGGCAUGCAGGUGGUGGCAGAAUACUGUUUUUGCCCACAAUGUGAUGUUAUAUAACACCUUUAUGUACACAUGAAGACAGCAUGUGGUCCAAAGGGAGCAACUUAACAUUUGUUUAUGCCAGUUUGAUCAUUGUUACCAAACAAACCACCUAGAGGUUUAGGUGAUUAAUCUUCCAACCAUCUGGAAGAAGGUUGUGUUUUUGUUAUAUAAAAUUAGGUUGAGGGAAAGUUACCACCAACUAGAUUUAGUGUUGCACAUUUUCUUUAAACACUUACGUUGUUACCAAUUAGUGGUAUUGAGUAGAUAUGUCUAUAUUUCUACUUAGUCUUUAUUUUUUUUUAAUUUGAUUGAAUGGAACCAGUGAUAGUACAUUUCCACUUGAAAAACCAAAUAUGUAGCCAAAUUCUGAAUACAGUGUAGUGGUUGAAAAUUGUCAAAUUUACAGAGAUAUUCUG